AUGAGGACGAGUCCCGACGCUGAGGAGCGGUCCGUCCGCUGCACGGCAUCCGGCUGCAGCUGUGUGUGUUUCAAACCAGGAAGUGUCCAACUCAGGUCAUGUGACCGCUGUGGACACGGCUGGGUCCCACACGCCCUGGCGAAGCUCCAGUUCCAGGCCCAGCCUCCCUCCAGCUGCGGCCCAGUGGAGGUGGCCCUCCCUGGGCUGGUGUUCGACCUGAGCUCCCUGGUCCUCUACGGAGCUCAGGCCGUUCCUGUUCGUCUAAAGAUCCUGCUGGACCGUCUGUACAGCAUCCUCAGCCCAGAACAGGUCGGCCACAUUCUGCACACACUGGGCUGGAGUUUGGGGGAUUAUGUUCGAGGCUACAUGCUGCAGCAUCCCAGUGGGAAGGUGUUGGACCGCUGGCUGACGGCGACGCCUGAAGAAGAGCUGCUCAUCCUCAAACAGUUCCUUCGCUUUGGCGAGACGCGCCCCAUCGUGGAGCUGAUGACGCUCCAGUGCCUCGGCCGCCUCUCUGAUCCAGAGCUGAUCUCCGCCCCGAAGGGCUUCCGGUCGAACGCGUCGGGGAACGGGGGAACUCCGGGAGUGUUCAGGAACACGAGAGGAGAGUCACGUUUCGUGGCCAGCGUCUGUCGGAUUAAGAGAAACAGUCCGGCUGACGGCGGCGACGCUGUCCACCAUUUUGAAAACAUUCCAGGUGGAGCGUCUUUACUUCUGCCUUUCCACUUCCCGAGCUCCGCCGUGCACGGUCUGGUUCCUCCCACCAAGGAGCUGGUUCCUCCCAGUAAGCUAACCCAGUGUCUACGGAGGCUCAGUGGGACCAAACUGGGAGAGAAUCACCAUCAGGAAGGAGGAAGAAGAGAACAAGAGAACGAUCCGGGUUUAAAAAUCAAAGCCGACCCAGACCAGCCGAACCCGGCCCGGUCUGUAUGGCAUCAGGACCUCCGGUUCCACGGCGACCAGGAGCUUGAGCUUCACAGGAGCACCUCCUCACUCUCUCCUUCCUUAAACUCCUCAUUUAUCCCCUCUUCUUCCUCUUCACUCCAUCCCUCCAUCUCCUCCCCUCCACCGAAGACUUCCCAGAGGCUGCAGAGCUCCUCUUCCUACUCUCUCAACCCUCUCCCAUCCUUCUCCUCCUCCUUCCUCUGUCCUCUUCCUACCCCCUCCUUCUCGUCCUCCCUCCUCCGUCCUCUCCCAUCCUCGUCUUCCUCCCUCCUCCGUCCUCUCCCGUCUUCCCUCUGCUCCCUCACUUCUCUUUCACCCGCGGGAGGUCGGAAGGGGAGGGUCUGCUGCGGCGUUUGUGGGAAAAGCUUCUAUGACAAAGGAACGCUGAAGAUCCACUACAACGCCGUCCACUUGAAGAUCAAACAUCGCUGCACGGUGGCGGGCUGCACCAUGGUCUUCAGCUCGCUGCGCAGCCGAAACCGCCACAGCGCCAACCCCAACCCGCGGCUACAUACGGGCGCCACCCACAGAAACGCGAGCGUAGACUCUGACGCAAUGAUACACAAAGACAACAACGCUCACGAAGACGUGCACACACGUAUGUGCGAGGAAAAAGACGUCAGCGACACACUUUGGGAAGAGGACGAUGAUGCACACAUGCUAGUGCACGAACACGCUCUGAGAAACGGGUUAAACGCUCAUACGAACCGCCAACAUGGUUGCCGGGACGACACGCCACCUCCAUCUAACUCCCCUCCUCCUCCUCCUCCUCCUCCUCUUCCUCCUCUUCCUCCUCUACCCCGAACUCGCCAAGACACCAACCAGAUCUUCACCUUGAGUGACGGAUCUGACCUGCACACCCAGCAGGCUCCUCCUCCUCUUCCUCCUCUUCCUCCUCCCCUCCUCCCCGCUCGCGGUGCUUCCUCGCUGGGCUCCCCUCAAUCUCUCGUCCCCCUGGUCCUUCCUGCGCCGGAGGAAACCGAACGCCAUCGACGCCUGCUCACCCUUCACGCCAACCGCCCUGCGCCGGCUCCCCUCCCCGACCCCGACCCCGUCACCACGGCGAGCUGCACCAGCCGGCCCGUGUCACGUGACUAUGACGUCACGGAGGGGAAACGAGAAGAGGACCGUACGAGCCGGUGGGAGUCAGGUCACCCCGCGCCGAAGAAGAAGCCCAGGAAGUCGAGCAUGCCGGUGAAAAUAGAAAGAGAGACGGUGGAGGGGGGGAGAGAUGAGGAAGAGGAGGAGGAGUGUUGAAGGAUGACAAACAUAAGGUGAAGGGUCAACAUUUGUCUAAACCAGGAGUCAGCAACCUGCAGCUCUUCAGCUCCUCUCCAGCGGCUCCCUGGGGAUUUAUAAAUAUGGAAAUGAAUAACUGUUCUUUG